GAGUGGGCGUUCCCGUUAGUGUUCUAGUUCUAUGUGUAAACAGACAGUAGCAUUUCUGUCUCCUUUUCUUUGAUUUUCAACUAUGAAGUCUAAGUAAUAGAAAAUGAUCAGACAACUGUAUGUCAUAAUACAACAAGUACAGCAGAAAUUAUAAGCUUUGUGAACUUUGAUACCAUAUUAUAAGAUCUACUUACGUCUAGAAUAAAUCAGAAUGGGAAUAUCUUACCUCUUAACUUAUUGUUUAAAUGAAGAAAAUGGAUGCAAGGAAGAAGUGGACCUUGUAAGAGUUGCGAGGGAGAGAAAUGGUAUUGAAAUACUGGUUGACUAUAAUAACUUUUUACAGAACAUUAGAAGAAAAUUUGCGGAAAAUUUGUGUGAAAAUACUGGAAACGAGUAUCUUAGGUUAUCCGGAGCAGAUUAUGCAACUUUUGAUAAUUAUGUCUGCAAUAUUCUGAAAAAUCUGAAUUUUGCUAACAUUCGUUUUCGUUUCUAUAUCGAUGGCGCCAAAGGAAGCUGUAAAGAACAAAAAAGACGUAAACUUGAUACAUGGAUUAAAAGAGACCAACGGAAUGUGGAUAAAUUGAACAGGGUUUUAAAUGUUUCUGGUGGUUUUGAACAUAUAUACAAUCUAAGAAAAGAUGACUGUUUUCGACCUGUACUGAUCGAGGUACAGAUGCUGGAAUCAAUCAAAUCAUGUGGGUGUGACAUUGUACAGAUACCGAUAGGAGAGGCCGAUGAUGUCAUAGCCAUUGACUUUGUGGAAAGAGAAAAAGCUUUUGCUGUUUUAAGUAGUGAUUCCGACUUCUGUAUUUUUAAAAACUGUAAAUUUAUUCCCGAUAAACUUUUUGAUAUGGAAAAUGAUCUGCAUUUAGAUCAAAUAAUAAACCCGUUUUCUACUCAAUCUUUGCCGAAACUAAUAUGUGGAAUAGUCACAAAUGAAAGAGUUGUACGUAGUUUAGGGUUUUCAUCCAGUAGUGAUCUUAUUGAAAUGAGUAUUCUGGCUGGUAAUGAUUUUACAGCUCCGAUAUUAUUAGCUAAUGGAUUGGCAUCACAAAUUAAUUGUAGGAGUAUAGAAGAGUAUGCUGAUGUUAUUCAUCGUUACAGAAAAGUUGAAAACCUUCGGGAUUUUGCAUAUGAAAUGUCACAUGAUCAUUCAUUUAUGAAAGCAGUUGAAUAUAGUCGAGAUUUUUAUCAGUUGAGAAUAGAAAAAGCACCAGCAUCAUCGAAAGGUUAUUUUACCAAAUUAAUAGAAAAAAGAAUCCAAGAACAAAAAUAUCCAUCCCCUUUAAUGGCCAUGCACUUUAACUUUUAUUGGAGAAGACUUAUUUUAGAGGACACGCAUCAUGGUCAGCCGUGUGCAGAGAUUAAAUUGGAGACAUUACGCUCAUGUAUAUAUCAUAUGAUCUUACCACAAAACAUACAAACAGUAACAGAAUAUGGUCGCACUCCAGAUUGUAAAGUUAAUUCAUAUCAGGUCACAGCCAUUAAUGAUAGAAAUAUUCCUAGGAUAAACGACAUCAACCCUAGUAAAAUUUUUGUAAAUCUACGAACCUUUCACUAUAUAAUGACGCAUCUUGAACCAGGUAGUAUAGACACUGUUUGGACUGACAAGUAUGGAAGAAAAAAUGGUUUUAAAUAUUUAAUGCUGAGAUAUUUCCUGCUAUUAAAUUGGAAAAAGAAUUUAUGGGUUUCUGAGGCGGAAUUUUUAGGAUUAACAGCUCUAGUUUAUGGAGGACAUACCAGAGAAAGCGAAUAUCAGAGAAUUCCAAUUUGUCCAUCGCCACGAUGUUUCACAUUAGUCAACUGGUUAGAGUGUAUUUACCGUACUAUGUAUGGGUUUAUUGGAAAACUGCUUUUUUUAUCCCAUGAAUUUCCCUUGCCAAAAGAGCUAUUCUCUGGAAGUGUUUGGACAGUUUUCUAUGUAUGUUCUGAUCAACGUGCAUGGCAUCAGGAGAUCAGAAAAAACUAUGGACAACUUCUGCAUCAAGCUAAAAGAGAAAUGAAUGCUAUAAUUAAAGAAAAACGUCACAUUAUAAAACAUAUUGCAGAAGGCUGUUUUUACUUCGAUGAUAGAUGGUGAUACUGGAAAGUAGAAAACUGUACGAUACGCUGUUUCUCGUAUAAAUCAGGAAGCAGUUUCAUUGGGUCUUCGAUGAUAUGCUCGUAAAUUAUUAAAACUAUCUGUGAUAACUGAUACAGCCAACAGUGACUUUUGAAAACUGUUGAGGAUCACUGUCUCUUUUAAAGAACACCUGAUCAAAUUUGUUUAUGCGGUGGAUGUUGUUUGACAAUAUUUUGUAGAACAAAAUUUCCCAGUCAUUGUGUGUUGAAGCAUAUGUUCUGAAUCACAUGGGUACCACUUAUAGAUCAUGAGUUACCACAUCGGUAUCGUUUGAUAAUUGUGUUAUUGGUACACAUCAGUAUUUGUGGAUAAUUGGCCAUUUUUACUGAUCUUUUAACUGAUAUUUCAUUGUGAAGAACUUUUAAGGUGGCUGAUUAAAUUUGAUGUUUGUUUUUAUACGCCCACAUUUUCAUGUGGACGUAUUAUGCCGUCGCCCCUGUUCGUCCGUCCGUCCACAAUUGUUUGUGGACUCUCUACAGGUCACAAUUUUUAUCCGUUUUCGACGAAACUUGAAAUAUAGGUUUAUCCCCAAAAGAUCUCGGCUGCUUUCGAUAUUGGCAUGUAUCAGAUCGAAACUUCAUGGAUUAUGGCCCCUGUUUGUACGAAAAAUCACGUUUUUAGCUUGUGGACCCUAUAGAGGUCACAAUUUUUAUCCGAUUUUGUUGAAACUUGAAAUAUAAGUUUAUAACCCAAAGAUCUCGGUUCCUUUCAAUAUUUGCCCAUAUCGGACCGUAACUUCCUGAAUUAUGGCCCCUGAUUGUACGAAAAAUCAUGUUUUUAGCUUGUGGACCCAUUAGAGGUCAUAAUUUUUAUCCGAUUUAAAAAACCGUAUUAUUAUAUUACCAUUCCACCCGAAGGACAAUUGAGUUUGAAUUUUGUGAAAAUCGCCCCAAAAUUGACAGACAAAAUGGCCGCCGUUCGUUCUCAAAUAGCGUAAAAAUAUGGUAUAUCAAGGUUGUGGACCCUAUAGAGGUCACUAUUUUUAUCCGAUUUUGUUGAAACUUGAAAUGUAAGUUUAUAACACAAAGAUCUUAGUUCCUUUCGAUAUAUGCGCAUAUCGAAUUGUAAUUUCCUGAAUUAUGGCCCUUGAUUGUAGGAAAAAUCACUUUCUUGUUAGCUUGUUCUCUAUCCAUCUCUCGAAAAUGUGGGUGUAUCCUGCCUGGCAGCCGUUGGUUUAGAGUUUCUAGGGCCACCUAUUAUACAUUAAAACUAUUUAGUAUUCAAAUUUUGGGUAUUUGUAUCGUCUAAUAGUUUUACCAAAAGUAUCUGAUAAUGGUUUUACCGAUAACACCACUAUCAGCUCACUUCUGGUACUCAUUAUUCAUUUUUUAUCAUUCGUAUUAUUUCUAUAUGUCCACAUUAACCAAGGACUGACCUGCUAUCAUGUUUAUGUCAUUUUGAAACAUGUACAUGUGCUUUCUUUUCUUUGUCCAUAUUUUAGCAUCAUUGUAAGAAAAGCCGGUAAACAUCAAUUAUUUAGUAUUUCUGUUUGAAAUAAUUUAGUAUGUUAUAUUAUGUUGUGUUAUAAAUUUAGUAGUGGUCAUAUUGAAGGCUUAUAUUUCUUUACUAAUAGUCUAAAUCAUUCUGUGAAUACUAUUUAGUAUUUGUGUGAGCGCUAAUUUAUGUUCAACUCAAAAAACAUAUCGACUUUUACAUGACCGUCUUUUAUUUCAUGUGUUUUAUAACCUAUUAUUACUUUACUGAAAAUGUUUUUGAUUUUUCUUUUACCAACAAAUAAAACUUUUGUUUAUGUUAUGGUUAGAAAUAAUCACUUGUUACAUUGUUUAUUACUUUAGGCCUUGAUGAUUAGGAAAGUUUCUGUGCAACUAAUUUUAUCUGGAUUCAAUUUGGUUUGAAUUAAAAGUAAAUAGUUAAAUACAAAUUUCUGGACUUCUGUUGGAUUUAAUAUUAAUUAACAGGUAUGCUGCAAUACAUGGGAGGAUUUCUGAAAAGGGGGUUACAGAAUUUUAACCAGCGGUUGCCAGGCAAGAUACACCCACAUUUUGCAAUUUUUAAUGGAUAAUCUUGAAUUUCCACACAUAUUCCUUAUACCUAAGGAUGACCUCUUUCAUUUUUGGUGUGCGUAUGUCGCCCAUAGGCUGCAAAACUUAACAGUACCUUUUGAAACUUUGUAUACUUUCAGGAUGAUCCCUAUUGUUUUUGGUGAUUCCCCGACUCCCAGGGGCAGAGCCACACCCAUUCUUUCUUUGUGUGUCUGUUUGAUUUCUACAGGUCACACCUAUUUUUAUACGCCCACAUCUUCAUGUGGACGUAUUAUGCCGUCGCCCCUGUUUGUCUGUCCAGACGUCCAUCCACAAUUUGUUUGUGGACACUCUACAGGUCACAAUUUUUAUCCGAUUUCAACGAAACUUGAAAUAAAGGUUUAUCUCCCUAAGAUCUCAGUUCCUUUCGAUAUUGGAAUGUAGCACUCUAGAGGUCACAAUUUUGAUUCGAUUUUGAUGAAACUUGCAAUGCGUGUUUAUAACCCAAAGAUCUUGGUUCCUUUCGAUAUUCGCGCAUAUCGGACGGUAACUUCCUGAAUUAUGGCCCCUGAUUGUACGAAAAAUUGCGUUUUUGGCUUGUGGUCCCUCCAGCGGUCACAAUUUUUAUCCGAUUCAAAAAAACGGUUUUAUAUAUCACCGUUACACCAUAAUGAAGGUUGAGUUCGAAUUUCCUGAAAAUCAGACUAAAACUGACGGACAAAAUGGCCGCCGCUGUACGCGAAUAGUGUAAAAAAUAUGGUAUAUCAAGGUUGUGGAACCUGUAGAGGUCACAAUUUUAAUCUGAUUUUGAUGAAACUUGAAAUGCAUGUUUAUAACCCAAAGAGCUUGGUUACUUUCGAUAUUUGUGCAUAUCAAAUCGUAACUUCCUGAAUUAUGGCCCCUGAUUGUACGAAACGACAACAUACCUUUUUUGUGGUCCCUCUGGAGGUCACAAUUAUUAUCCGAUUUAAAAAAAACUG